AUGAAAAUAAUAUUUUGUUAUAUCUACUGCACUACUACGCCAAUAAUAAACAAAUAUAAAACAAUUUUGAAUUCAAUGCAUAAGUAUCAGCCACGUUUGCACGUAGUGAGAUGCGCGGAAUUGAUUAACUUACCUUAUUCAACUUUUCGUACUUUUGUCUUCAAAGAGACGGAAUUUAUUGCGGUCACUGCGUAUCAAAACGAAAAGAUACAAAAAUUAGUAGCAGUAAAUAUCUCGCCUUCACUAAAAGAUAGAUCAAUUGAAUUGAUAAGUGAUGAUAUUAAUAGUAGUAGUAAUAUUGUUGCUACUACAGCUGUCAGUAGUAUAAUUAGAAUGACAGGUGUUAAGAAUACACCAUCCUUGACACUACGUGUAUUUCUUCAGCAUGUGAUGUCUUCACAUGCAAAUAAUUUUAUAUAUAUUUAA